AUGACGACGAUUAAGAGGAAAUGUCAAGAUAUUCCCGUCGUAGCCUCCUCCUCAAGGAAGAUUUUGGAAUUGAUAGGGUUUCUAAAUUCCCUGGAUUUUGUGCAGCUAACGUCGAAGAUCCUGAAGGUAGCUUAUGCGCAGCAAAGAGAGGUCGAGAAUGAAAAAAACUCAGAGACAAUCCCAAUGAGCGCCUUUUUCAACAAGGCAGUGUAUGGUUUGGAAGAGUUUUUUUUUUUUUUUGAUAAGUACAUGGUUUGGAAGAUGGCUAACUAUAUCAUGAUAGAUGGUUAUCUUUUGCGUGUUGAAAAAGGUUCAGCUUUUGUUGCAGAAACUACUUCCAUGUCCAUGUCUGAAGCCUCUGACUAUUUUCAAGAACAUGGGAAAUUGCCUAAAGCUCUUAACAAAAUUAUUACCGAAAGGAAAAACUGGGUUAGUUUAUUGAAGUUAACCCAACCAGAGAGCUGGUCAACCAAUGCGAUUUACAAGCUUACAACCAUGUUUGCCUCCAGCAGCAAAGCUGGACUCUUCUUUAAGAAUUUUUUACUUCCUCGGGAGAAAGAAGAUAUCAGAACCCACAAAAAGCUACACUUUUUUCUAUACCAAUCUUUGAGAAAGACACUGUUCAACCCCAAGGCAUUCUACUUGGGAAGUCCUCUGUGUAAGUCUGGAAUAUGUGCCGCCCAUGAAGCUAUAAUUUUAGGAAGUAUAAUGCAAAAGUUUUCUAUUCCUGAAAACUUCUCAAAUGCUGCCUUGGUAUGUUUGGCGGAGUUGGAAUUUUAUGGCCCAACAAGUUUCUUCAUGAAAGUUAUUCUGGAGAAGAGAUAUGCAAUGGCGUAUCGGGCGGUUGAUGCGGUCACUGCUCAUUUCUUGAGAAUUCAUAAGGAGACGAAAGUUAUGCCCGUCAUUUGGCACCAAACACUUCUUGCCUUUGUCAUGAAUUUAAAAAAGGAAGAUAAACAGAGUCUCGGAAGUCUACUUGACAAGCAAAAUCACAAGCUUAUUACUCCUGAAAUUGCGAGAGAGCUUGAAAACAGCAGUAACCGUAGAGAGAAGUUAAGUAAUUCACCUUCAGCUCCUACAAUAUAUAAGCCGGUAAAAGACGAUUUGUUUGACAUGCCACAAGUUCCAAUGGAAGAACUUGAGCCACAUGUUAUAUUAGCAUCAUCAACACUUGAACUUGAAGUCGGGUUCUUAUGCUGCAAUGCUUGUGCAAACUGAAAAGCUCUUUUAGCAAGCAUAGUAGACAGCCUCCCAGCGUCACACAAAUAAAAUAGAAACUUGUUAAAACUUGAAAGACUGUUUUAUUAGAGCUGGAAAAGCUUACCUUCCAAAUAUGAAGAUGGAAAUGUAUAUCCUCUUAAUGCAGAGGAGAAAAACUAAGACCUAGCAAGUUCUUUUUCUUCCAAAAUAGACCUUCACUUGAUUCUAGUCGAUU